AGAAUUCACCACCCUUAUUUUUCUCUCUUAUCUCUUUUUCUUUUCUUUUUUGUUUUUUAUAUAUGUUUUUUUUUUCUCCUCUGUAAUUGCUUAGGUUGUGUGGUGUUUUUGUAAGGAAUAAAGAGUGAAAAGAGAGAGAUAGAUAGAUAGAUAGAUAGAUAGAGACUACAGAAAGAAACAAACAAAGAGAGAGUCCUAUGCUAGGGGACUCAGCUGUAUUGGGAACUGGAGGAGGAAGCUCUGGUGAUGAUGCAGUGGCUGCUGUGGUGGCAGCAGCUGCAUCAUCAGCAGGAGGAGGAGGUGCUCAUGACGGUGGUGACACGGUGGUGGGUGGUGGAGGAUCAAAUUCAGGGGAUGAUGAAAGGGGUAGAGGGGAGGAGGGUGACCGGAGCUUUGGUGGGAACAGGUGGCCAAGACAAGAGACUUUGGCUUUGUUGAGGAUAAGGGCUGAUAUGGACGUGGCCUUUAGAGAUGCCAGUGUUAAGGGUCCCUUAUGGGAAGAGGUCUCAAGGAAACUUGCAGAGUUAGGCUAUCACAGAAACGCCAAGAAAUGCAAAGAGAAAUUCGAGAACGUUUACAAGUACCACAAGAGAACCAAAGAAGGACGAAGUGGGAAAUCAGAUGGCAAAACUUAUAGAUUCUUUGAUCAAUUAGAAGCACUUGAAAACAACCCUUCAAUUCUCUCCCCAACAACAACAACACCACAACUCCAAACCACCACUAAAUGCAAAACCAGUUUCAGUAAUAGUAACAACUUCAACGUUGCCAAUUCCACAACCAUUCUCAACACCCCAUCAAUAAACCUCACAAUCCCUUCAUUCCCACCACCAAACCCUACAAAUUUCACAUUAUCAUCAACACCAACAAACCCUCCUUCUUUCCCCAACAACAUCCCCACCGAUCUCUUCUCGAAUUCGAGCUCUUCCUCGACCUCUUCCGACGACACCUUGGAGGGGGGAAGGCGCAAGAGGAAGAGAAAAUGGAAGGACUUCUUCGAGAGACUAAUGAAGGAAGUGAUUGACAAACAAGAAGAGCUGCAAAGGAGGUUCUUGGAAGCAAUUGAGAAGCGAGAAAGGGAAAGAGUUGCUAGAGAAGAAGCAUGGAGAAUGCAAGAAAUGCAAAGAAUCAAUAGAGAAAGGGAAAUUCUUGCACAAGAGAGAUCCAUAGCUGCAGCAAAAGAUGCAGCUGUUAUGUCAUUCUUGCAAAAGAUUGCUGAACAACAAAACCUUGGACCUGCAUUGAAUAACUCCAAUUUUCCAAUGCCACAAGCAACUAUACCAUCACCACCGCCACCACCAUCACAACCAGCAGGACAGGUUAUUAUACAUCCGGCCCCACAACAACAACAGCAACAACAACAUCAGCAGCAACAAAUGACCAACAUGGAAAUCAUAGAAGCAAAUAAUAAUAAUAAUAAUGGUGAGAAUUUGAUGAUGCAAGCAAGUUCUUCAAGGUGGCCAAAAGUGGAGGUUCAGGCACUAAUAAAUCUGAGAACGAAUCUGGAAACAAAGUACCAAGAAACUGGACCAAAGGGUCCACUAUGGGAAGAAAUCUCAUCGCUAAUGAGAAAGAUUGGGUACAAUAGGAGUGCCAAAAGGUGCAAAGAGAAAUGGGAGAACAUCAACAAGUACUUCAAGAAAGUGAAGGAAAGUAACAAGAAGAGACCAGAAGAUUCCAAGACUUGUCCAUAUUUUCACUUGUUGGAUGCUCUAUAUAAGGAGAAGAGCAAGCAUGAGAGUCCCUUGAAGCUUGACACCACGGUGGCGCCGCUAAUGGUGCGGCCGGAGCAGCAAUGGCCUCCUCAAUUGGCAGCGACUGCGGAGAAUGAUGACUCCGCAGACCACCGACCGCGGCAUCAGCACGAGGAGGAAGAUGAUGACGGUGGUGAUGAUGAGGAAGAGAAGGAAAUUGGUGAUGACGAUGAUGAAGAUGAAGAUGAUGAAGGAGGUGGUAAUAACUAUGAGAUAGUGGCAAGCAAGCCAGCUUCUUCAGUGGGUGUUUCUGCUGAGUGAGAGGACUAAAUGGGUCAAAAGAAAGUGCAUCAAUUGGAGCAAAUUGGGUUGCCGGAAAAGUGGGUGGAAAGCGGUGGUGAAAGCGGCGGUGAUGGUGGAGCAGAUUUUGACACAUGGGUAUAGGGGGUGGGGAAUAUUUGGAUAGCAAGUACUUGGUAUUAGCAUAUAGUCAGUAAGAUUAUAUGUUUGUUUUUUUUAAAAAUAAUUUAUUAUUUUUUGAGCUAAAUAAAUAAGUUGAGGAGGAAGAGGGGAAUUCAAGAUAGAGAGAUGUUCAGAUUUCAGAGGCUCCACAUAAAUGAAUAAAGAAAAAACCUUGAUUAAUGUUAUUGCACUGUUUUUUUUUUUUUUUUUAAUUAUAUGUUCAUGGUGGUGUAAA